AUGAGUUGGUGCACGUCAAGAGGGACUGCCGAUAGUCUAGCGAGCGCCGCUUUGCAGCGGCAAGGAGGGAUCGAGGUCCAUGAGAUACAAGAUCUGGCUACCCUGAACCGGUUAGACGAGAUCCUGAUCCCUAAGACCGAGAAUCCAGUGGUACGAGUUGCCGCGGUGACCACUCGAGCUGGUCGAGCAAGAUCACCGGCGGGUGUCAUGGUAGAGGAUCUGAUCCGGGAAAUCCGAGUCGAUCGGAUCAAGCAGGCCCAAGAGGAAGAAGUCUGGAUCGCCGGCAUGAAGAAAUCUCACACAAGCGGAGGCGAGAUCGUAUGGCAAGAUCGCGGCCGCCUACGAGGUAGACGAGCAGGAUCUACUCUUUUACUGCCCCUCUGCGCCGAGAUCGGGAGACGAUCGCGACCGAUUGAUGAGAUUGGUAGUUCCCAAAACGCUACAAUCAGACGUGUCACACCUCGUUGGAAGGAGGACAUCAUGGAGUGGGGCGAACCUACCAGCGGAUCAGGGAUCACUUCCACUGGAGGGGAUUAUACCGGAUUAUUCAGCGAUAUGUGGGAGAGUGUGUGGAUUGUGAAACAGGAAAAUGAAAACCGGUGA